UUGAAAUUUGAAUUGAUGCUUCGGUCCGUUGCAGUCGUUGAUGGAUAGUUAUAGUCACUGGAGUUUCUUUCGGGGAUAUGUGUAUGAUUGGUGUGCUAACUUGAAUAGAAAGUUGUAAGUGAAGAAUGUUGCAAACAACAUGAGGGAGAUUCGUUCGAAAAUGAGUGUUACAAUAGAAAAAGCAAUCAGUGUUUGUGUCGUUAUCCUGUUGGGUGUUGAGGCUAAGGAGUUUUCAAUCGGGCCCUGUAAUUUUCAAUAUCUGGAACCAUGCACAACAGACACCAUCGAGUUCUAUCUGUUUACCAGUGAUAAUCCCAAAGAAGCUCCCAUACUACUGGAUAACAUUGAUCCUCAGGUACCCGAUCAUAUCAACCUGAACUAUUCGAAUAAGCUGAUCGUUCACGGAUAUGGCGGAAACAUCGAUUUCAACGCAACGAAAAUGAUCCGAAACGCGUACCUGAAGCAACCGAAGACCAACGUUCUGGUGGUGGAUUGGGGCAAACUGGCUAAGCUGCCGUGCUAUCCGACUGCAGCUUUCAACACCAAACAGGCCGGCGAAUGUACGGCCACCUUCCUUAUUGGGCUGAAAGCGAACCAUCCAGAAUUCAGCUGCCGGGACCUGCACGCCAUCGGAUUCAGCUUGGGGGCCCACGUGCUCAGCUUCACGAGCAACGCGCUGGAAAAAUCAAUCGGCAUCAAGUUCAGAAGAAUCACAGGUCUCGAUCCGGCCCUUCCCUUCUUCGCGACCGCUCGGCAGCAAUGGAAGCUGGACCUGACCGAUGCCGACUUCGUCGAUGUGAUACACACCAACGCGGGGGUCUACGGAAAAAUUGAAACUUGCGGCCACGUCGAUUUCUACAUGAACGGGGGCCAGGCGCAGCCGAUGUGCGACAAUGCAUCCAGUGAGUAUUGGAGGGAGGGGGAGGCGAUAAAAAUUAAGAUUUCAACCCGAUCCGGUGUGAUGAACAACCACCAUGGGCCGGUAAACCAUCGUAAAGAUCAACCCCUCUGCAACCACAUGAUGGCAGCUGUCUUUUUCGCCGAGUCGAUCAACAGUAAAACCGGCUUUUGGGCGACCAAGUGUACGAGCUACUUCUCCUACUUUUUUGGCUUCUGCCGGUAUAAAGUCGAGCAACAUCAACAGCAAUUGCCGGGUGAAGACGAUCGUAAUCAGGAAAACGGCUUGACUGACAACAAUGAGAUUGAUUCCGAUCGAAUAUUGAUGGGCGAGCACUGUGCAAAGACCGCCAACGGAGUAUAUUUCGUACAAACCCAGAUGAAGCCACCAUACGCUAUGGGCUACUGAGGAACAAAAGACUGAAUUAUAAUUUUCACUGCCACCAAACGUGUACAUAGAGGCCGGCAGAAGUGACAGCGGCUGUCAAGUUCAAUUCAAACUAUGUUAAGCAGAUGAGCAGGUGUCGAGCGCUUCUUCCAAACAAACAAAAAGUGAAACAACGAGCAACGAAUUGCUGUUACGCUUGAUACCAUCACGGAAAUCAACCUAGAUUGCGCAUAGCUGGUAAUUAGAAGAGGAAAACUGACUGGUAUAAGGCGUGUGGAUGCAAUGGGCUUUUUCCGCUAUGCUUCUAAUUGAAUUUUACACGGUAUACCUAAUGUUUGUCAACAAGUUGCCUCAAUCGCAUGAUUGUGUCGUUAAAUGAUUUCAAAUUUCCAGUCAAAACAAUCAUUCGCCUAUGUUUUAUUUGCUUAUACCUUAGAUAUUUAUUUACGAAACCAGGUGA